UUCUGCGUGAUUACCAUAAUGAAGAGCUAGAAAUAGAAAAAGAACUUUAUAAUUGGAUCCUUGAGUUCAUUCACGAAAUGGCAGAAAUAUACUGGAGUGAACCUGAACGUCAGCAAGUGUUUAACGAAAAAAUUCAUAAACUAUUUGGUGAAGAAUUAAAAGUAAUUUAUUUAGAUGAUAAUUCUUCAAAUGAUGGAGUAUUGGAAUGUAACGUUCAUUCAAAAAGUGUGUUAUGCCUUCUUGUUAAGAUGAAAAAUGAAAUUGGUACUGGGGCUGUAUAUGUUGAGAAACCCAUUAUAGAUCCUUUGAUGGACUUCAUACCUCUCAUUUCUACAAACGAUCGAGCUCACACAGAGCGAGUGGCACAGCUUUUCAAAGCCUUGUACUUGGGAGUUAAUAAGUUAACAGAGUAUUAUGGAUCGUUAGAUAAUAAAAUCGUGGAAUUUACAUAUGAGAGAAAACUUGUGGAUCAACCCAACAAGCUUCUUUGGAAAGCUAUAACAAAAGACAGGCGAAAAAUUAUUGUUAAAUUCACAUGGGAUUACAAUCAAAGGGCACACGAACU